AUGUCUGACGCCGGUGACGGCACCAAGAGAGCUGCUGCAUUGUCAGAUUGGCUCGCAAUUACCGCUGCAUAUGCACGCACACCAGAUGCAGUAGAUGCAAUGGAGUCGCAACUGGGCCACAUCACACAUGCUUCGCUCUCCACCCACAAGCGGUCCAAAUCCGCCGCCGCCCUCUCUCUUUUGCGGCGCAACAACACUCGCGACGAAGAGUCCGGUUCCGAAGACGGGAGGCUUCGGAGAACUCCCUCAUCCUCAAACCCAAUCAACCCCAUGGCGCACCAGCAGACCCCGCGAGGCCACGGGGCCAAGCAGUCCGUCUCCUCGGCUGGCCUCUCGCCUACAGCUUCUCAAUCAAAGUCCCAGCAAUUCCUCUCAUCGCCCUCUGCCGAGAAAAGCACUGCAAGCCUCGAGCAGUCCGUUCGAAAGUUCAGGUUCGUCGAGGCCCUCCGAAGCGGCGACACCUCAUCCAUCUCCCGUGCCAUUCGCGAGACAGCUGAGAACGCCCCGCGAGCGAGCAUCUCAUCAGUAGGCGCUUCUGCCACAAGCGCUCUCGACGACACCACAAUCCUUCACCUAGCGAUUCAGUGUGCCGAAUUCCCUGUCAUUGAAUACGUUUUGUCCGAGGGACAGGGAUCGAUCGAUGUGAAUGCCCGCGACAAGGAUGGCAACACCCCGCUUCACCUGGCUGCAAUUCAGGGCCGCACCACAGUCGUGAAGCUUCUUCUCGAGCAAAAGGAUAUCAACGAUGCUAUUGCCAACGCCCAAGGCAAACUGCCACUCGACGUCGCACGAAACCCCGAAAUCUUCCAGCUACUGCAGCUCUCACGAUCCCUUUUCGCCGAGGCCAAGGUCAAGCAAGUCCAAGAACUGAUUGCGCGGGGCAACUAUGGCGCACUUGCUGGUGUUCUCGAGGAGCACCGAGUCAAGACCGUUCUCGACAUCAACAGCCCCGAAUUCGCAUCCGAACCAUUUACAGUCCAGACUGGAGGCACUUUGCUUCACGAAGCUGCAAGAAAGAAAAACACCAACCUCAUCCAGGUUCUGCUUCUGCAUGGUGCCGACCCCUUCCGUCGUGAUCGAAAGGGCAAGCUGCCUCAGUCCGUCACAAACGACGAUGCCACAAAGGCAAUCCUCAAAAAGUCUCCAGCAGCUGUAGCUGCCCAGCGUGGAAUCCAGGAGAAAGCUGUGCUGGGGCAGGCCGCUUCCCAGGGCACAGCAGGUUCUGCAUCCGGUGAUCCUCUAGCCGGCCGAGAGGCUCGCGAGAUGAAGGGCUAUCUCAAGAAAUGGACCAACUACAGGAAGGGCUACCAACUGCGAUGGUUCGUGCUUGAGGAUGGCGUUCUCAGCUACUACAAGCACCAAGACGAUGCAGGCUCCGCAUGCCGAGGUGCCAUAAAUAUGCGUAUUGCGAAACUCCACAUGAGUCCUGAUGAAAAGACGAAGUUCGAAAUUCAUGGCAAAUCCUCUGUCAAAUAUACCCUUAAAGCGAACCAUGAGGUUGAGGCCAAGCGAUGGUUCUGGGCCCUCAAUAACUCGAUCCAGUGGUCCAAGGAUCAGGCCAAGGAGGAAGAGAAGCGGGCAGCUCGAGGUGCGGAGCUUUUGAGGCAGGCUAAAGCCGACCCAAGUACGCUUUCUCUCCAGGACUCUCACAGCGAGAACACCAGCGUCACAGAUCUACGCAGGAAUAGCUCUCAACUUCCAAGCAGGUCUCUGUCCAAGAUAUCGUCUGUCGAUCAGAGACCAAGCCAUACUAGCCCUGGUACAACUGGCAGCUUUGAGGAGGAUGAAUUCGUUGAUGUUGAGACUGAUGCAGGCACCUCGCGGGCACCCAGGAAUGGAGCGCCAACACAUAACGAUAUGGAUGACGACGACGAUUAUGGCGACGAUAUGAGCAUUCAUGAAGAACCCACAGCUACUAAGGAUGCACUCAACAUUACUGCUCAAUCGGCUAAGCUCCAGCUCGAAACAAUGUCUCACGUUCACCAAGCCCUUCUCAACGAGCUGAACCAGAACCCGAACACACCUCUCUCUGACAACAGCGUGACGCAGGCUCUCGGAACAUACGAUGCCGCCAUUCGAAGUCUAUCAACUCUGGUAGCCGACUUACUGCGCAUUUCCAAAGACCGUGACGCCUACUGGCAAUACCGCCUUGACCGUGAAGCUAAUAUGAGACGUAUGUGGGAGGAAAGCAUGGCGCAAGUGGCCCGUGAGCAAGAGGUUCUGGAGGCUCGCGUUGGAGAGGCAGAGAAGAGACGCAAGGCCACAAAGAGGGCGCUAAGAGAGGUGAUCGAAAGCGGGAUACCCGUCGGCGUAGAAGAGGCCAUGCCCCGUGUUGAGGACACAAUUGCCGAGAAGGAAUUGAGCGAUGACAGAGAGAAGGAAGAUGAAGAAGGAAAGUUCGAAGAUGCUGCCACCAAACUGUCACCAGUGCCGCCUAAAUCGCCUACGAUGAAGAGCGUCCGAAGGAAACCCACAAUCAUCGUGGACUUGUCCGAGAGUGAAUCCGAAGAAGAGGACGAGUUCUUCGACGCUGUGGAUGCUGGCCAGGUUGAGGUAUCUGAGCUCCCCGCGGAGGAGGUCAAGCCUAAGUCUCAGGAUAUUGUCGUCUCUGGUGGUCUAGACAUCAGCUCCUCUUUCAAGGGCUACGAGAAUGGCAUUCGAACGAGGCUCAAGAUGGACGCCGAUGACCGUCCUAAGAUUUCUCUCUGGGGUAUUCUGAAGUCGAUGAUUGGCAAGGAUAUGACCAAGAUGACUCUGCCUGUUUCUUUCAACGAGCCAACUUCACUUCUCUAUCGUGCUGGAGAGGAUAUGGAGUAUGCCGAUUUGCUUGACUUGGCUGCUGACCGGGCCGACUCGAUCGAACGACUUAUCUACGUGGCUGCCUUUGCUGCUAGUGAGUACGCUUCAACUAUCGGACGUGUGGCCAAGCCCUUCAACCCACUGUUGGGAGAGACCUUUGAGUAUGUGCGGCCCGACAAGAACUACCGCUUCUUCAUCGAGCAAGUCAGCCAUCACCCUCCAGUCGGCGCCGCGCACGCAGAGUCACCCAAGUGGUCUUAUUGGGGUGAAUCGGCUGUGAAGUCGAAGUUCUAUGGUAAAUCCUUCGACAUCAACCCGCUAGGUACAUGGUUUCUCAAGCUGCGGCCCACCGCUGGAGGAAAGGAGGAGCUUUACACAUGGAAGAAGGUUACCUCGUCUGUCAUUGGUAUCAUCACUGGAAACCCAACCGUCGACAACUAUGGCGUAAUGGAGAUCAAGAACUGGACAACGGGCGAGGUGGCUCACGUUGAGUUCAAACCGCGUGGCUGGAAGGCAUCGAGCGCAUAUCAAGUAUCUGGAAAGGUUACCGAUGCAACUGGAAAGGUUCGCGUCAGUCUUGGUGGUCGCUGGAACUCCAAGCUGUACGCUCGCCUGACCCCAGGCUACGAAGCAGCCGUUGAUGAACCUAAGGAGAGUGGCGGUGACAUGGCCCAAGGUGGUCUUACAGACCCCAACCGUGCGUAUCUCAUCUGGAAGGCGAAUGAGCGUCCAACUGGCAUUCCUUUCAACUUGACGCCAUUCGUCUUGACUUUCAACCAUAUCGAUGACAAGCUCCGCCCAUGGCUUCCACCUACUGACUCUCGUCUUCGACCUGAUCAGCGGGCCAUGGAGGAUGGAGAGUAUGAUUUUGCUGCUGAUGAGAAGAAUCGUCUGGAGAAUGCUCAACGAGCGCGCCGGCGUCUCCGAGAAGAGCGUGGCGAUGAGUUUGUGCCCGCGUGGUUCCGAAAGGCACGUUGUGAGAUCACCGGAGAGGAAUAUUGGCAAUUCACUGGCAAGUACUGGGAGCGACGCGAGAAGGCCGGUCCAAACGGUGAUCCCCAAGUUGCGUGGGAGGGGUUGGAACCCAUUUAUGAAGACCAUGUGGAUGAGGAUACGAUUCGGUGA